CUUGGUUUGGUCAUUCUAUCGGUAGUCCACAUCUCACUAGCCCUCAGGCCGCACAACCGUCGCUUGCCGCUUCGAUUUUCGUCGAGCUGCCCCUGCACGUCCCUGCAAGCAAGCUCCCAAGUGGCUGUUGACGAGAUGGCGUCGUCGUCGGUGGUGCCGCUGAAGCCCGUCGAGACGAUGGCUGAGCUGUGCGAGGGCGAGGACAUGAAGCAUGCCCCUGGCGAGAAGCUCAGCUGGGUCCACAUGAUACUCGCCCACCGAUACCAGAGGUAGGGUAGGCAGGUGGGCAUGGCAGGCAGACCACGCAAUGCAAGGCACCAAUGCACUCACGUACACACAUGAGUGGGGCGGCAAGGAGGGCACCGGUGUAGACUUGUGUUGUGUUGUGUAGUGUGUGGUGUGUGUCGUGUUGCGUGUUGCAGGCACAUGCUGCUCACACUGGUGCGAGGCGGGAUGUGCGUGUGGUGGAUGCCCCGGCCGGAUGUCUGUCUGUCUGUCUGUCUGUCUGUCUGUUGGUUGUGUGUGCAGAUGGAUGAGUUGAAGAACAUGCCCCCGGACGCCACGGCCGACUCGGAUGCGGUCACCAAGAUCCGCGGGAUGUGGAAACUCUACCAUGCCGACUUCAAGCACCACGCCCACGCCGAAGACACAGUGAUCUGAUCCACACGCAGGGAAAAGAGUACCUUCUGCAUCCGUGUGUGUGUGUGUGCACAGAUCAUGUUCUCCGGUCUGAAGGAGCUGGCUGAGGGCGACGAGAAGACCAAGAUGCAGGAAGUGCUCGACACCCUCGCCAAGGAACACGGGUACCUCCCUCCACAGCCAUCGAGGCAGCACCAGCAUGUGGAUUGCUCUCCUGCGUAUGUGUGUGUUUGCUGCUGCAGUGAGUUGGGCGUGUUGGAGAAGGCUUUGCAGGACGCCUUUGCGGCCGACUUCACCCCCGAGAACAAACGCACUGCCCUCCUCGACGACCUCCGCAAGUUCGCUGCAGGUGACUAAAUGACCGGCACGGAGGAUGUGCGUGUGCGAUUGGGUGGAUGGUGGUCAUCCGAUCCGUCCAUCGGUCAGUGUACCACAACCACACGUAUGACGAGGAGCAUCUGCUGCUGCCGCUGGCUGAGGCCAUCGAGAAGGGCGACAAGAAAGACGACGCCGUGGCACUGCAGAAGCGCGUGGGCAAGUACUUCUCAUCGCAGGUGCGUCGUGGGUUGCCAGGGGAUGGAAGGAAGGCAGAAUGUGAUGUGUGCUGCCGUGUGUGUGUUGUGCGCAGAAGGAGCUGGGCUAUGGCCUGCAGGCCAUGAUGGAGCUGGCUCGCACGCACCCCAAGGUAACACUGCAGCCACACAAGUGGACGGAUCUGCUGUGUGUGUGAUGUGUGUGGUUCUUCAGGACCAGGCGAUCUACGAGAGCUCCAUGUCGUGGUUCCUCCGCGGCCCCAUCACAUUCAUGGCACGUCCAACACAAAACGACACAGCACCCUGACACACCAUAGCCUCCAUCCACCGGUCUGUCUGUCUGCCUGUCUGUCUGUCUGUGCGUGCUGGUGUGGUCAUUGAUUCGUCAGACGGGUUUCUCGGGCACGAGUCACGAGUUUCACAAGCUCUUCCCUGCGCCCAAGGAGCCCAUCGAGGCCGCAUUCACGGCAGCACUGCAGUGACACAGCACCCACACACACGUGUGCCGUGCCGAAUCACACAGAAGAGGAGGAGUGAAGGGGGAGGAGGCUGGUCGGUCGGUCGGUCGGAUGGCAGUUUAGUGGCGAAAUGCAUGCAUAGUGCAUGAUUUAUACACACCUAUGUAUGUCUGUAUGGAUGGGUGUAGCUAGAUGGGGAGGGGAGUGAACGGGGGAUUAAAGCCACGUGGGGUGGGCAAGAAGGAAGGCCUCGUGCUGCUUGUUUCAAGUGCCUGCCUGCCUGGCUGUCUGUCUGCCUGGGUUGUGACAUGCAUGGAGCGAGCGGCCCAGCCGUCCUUGAUACGUACGUCUGUUGACGAGCUCAUGGAUAUAUGUAGGCAUGUUUUGUCUUUUGGUGCUGCCGUAGGUGGGUAGGUGGGGGUCCCCUGUUGGACAGUGAACCAAACAGACAAGUAGGAGCGACACCUGCAUAGAUGGGUCGAGCCCCACCAUCGCCCAUGGAUGGACGUGAUGUAUAUGGGAUGCUCACGCACACAUGGCCAGUGGGUGGGUGGAUGAGUGAGUGCAUUCCAUCGUCUGUGGUGGGCGUGUGUGAUGCGAUGCGCUGGUUGUGCGGUGCGGUUGGUGCGUCGAACGCCUACACACACAUCUCAUUCAAUCAUGUUGACGGACAUGGAUGUGCAGUCCGUGAAUGCGAUGCCGUC